CGUCCGAGUGCAGAGGUCCAUCGCGCUCCGCCGGACCGGGUUCCGAGUUCCUUCCACCUUCUCACCGUCAAUUCCAGCGAGACGGUUGAACGUGCGCGAUUCCUCUCCCACCCCAGAAACCGUGCCCUGAACGCCUCGCUCCCCCGGCAACGCCCACGCGCUGCAGUUCAGAGGCCAAUCCUGCGUGUGUGUGUGUGUGUGUGUGUGUGUGUGUGUGUGAGCAGGUACUCCAUCGAUCGGCGCACAGACAUGGACCGGAUGUUCAACGUCCACGCGGGCAACGGCUCGGUGUUCCUCCUCAGGGAGCUGGACCGGGAGGAGAACGCCUGGCACAACAUCUCCGUCAUCGCCACCGAGUUCAACAACCCGCGGCAGACGAGCCGCGUGCCCGUCUACAUCCGGGUGCUCGACGUCAACGACAACGCGCCGACCUUCGCCGCCAAUUACGAGACGUUUGUGUGCGAGAACGCCAAAGCCAAUCAGAGGAUACAGACGGUGAGCGCGGCGGACCCCGACACGCCGCUGGGGGGCCACCGCUUCUUCUUCAGCCUGGCGCAGGAGGCCGCCGGGAAGGCCAACUUCUCCGUGCGCGACAACAAAGACAACACGGCGUGGAUCCUGACCCGGAGGAACAGCUACAACAGCCUGCAGAAGAGCGUCUACCACGUGCCGGUGGUCAUCUCCGACGGGGAGUACCCCAUGCAGAGCAGCACCAACACCCUGACCGUCAGGGUGUGCACCUGCGACCGCGAGGGCAACAUGAAGCUGUGCAACGCCGAGGCGCUGACGGCGAGGGCGGGGCUCAGCACGGGGGCCCUGGUGGCCAUUUUGCUGUGCGUCAUCAUCCUGCUGAUGAUCGUGGUGCUGUUCGCCGCCCUGCGGCGGCAGAGGAAGAAGGAGCCUCUGAUCGUCUCCAAGGAGGACGUCAGGGACAACGUGGUCAGCUACAACGACGAGGGCGGCGGCGAGGAGGACACGCAGGCCUUCGACAUCGGCACGCUGCGCAACCCCGAGGCCAUCGAGGAGAGCAAGCAGCGGCGGGACAUCGUCCCCGAGAGCUUCUACCCGCCGCCGCGCCGGCCCGCGCCCCCGCCGGCCCGGGAGAGCAACGGCGACGUGAGGGACUUCAUCAACCAGCGGCUCCACGACAACGACGGCGACCCCACGGCGCCGCCCUACGACUCCCUGGCCACCUACGCCUACGAGGGCGCCGGCUCCGCGGCCGAGUCCCUCAGCUCGCUGGAGUCGGCGACCACGGAGGGCGAGCAGGACUACAACUACCUGAGCGAGUGGGGGCCGCGGUUUAAGAAGCUGGCGGACAUGUACGGGGGCGACGACAGCGACUCCUAACGAGCGCCGGCACGCAGGCGACUCCUCGGCUCCGUGUGUCCCGUCAGUGUUAGUUGCGUGGUUUUCUUGCAGCGACGAGAGACCUUUUUUAUUUUGGUGAGCGUCACAGCCAGACGUGUCUAAAACGAUAUCUUCUUCUUUUCGGGCUUAUUUUUCCAAAGCUGCGGUGGAGGACAGGUUCAACAAGCAGCUUUGUCUUCGCCGGUGUUUCUGGGAGGAACGCAGGCUGCGUGUUGCGAGUCCUCGCUCUCUCUCUCUUUGCUCGUGUGCGUGCGGUGACAUGAUACGAUUCGCUGUGCAGUGGUUCUCUUUUCCAGCCGUCCGUCCGUCCGUCCCGAAGACGGACGGACGGACGGCGUCAUCCAAUGCGUGUUACUCGUGGCUUACAUAAAACUGUGGUCGGUGAAUAUGGAAUAUAUAUCUACAAACACAGCAGUUAGACUCUUAUUUUGUAGGAUGUGAUUUUGAUCUCCAUCUAGGUUUGCGGUGAGCCGAUUACCAAACGUUCCUCAUUGAGCCGGAUGUCUUUACAAUCAGUUUUUCCUCCUUGCAGCCGAUAAUAAAAGUGUUAUUUUCUGACAUGUCGACGCGAAUGCACCACUCUGAUUGGCUCGGUUAGAGGAAAAUACGCCGUUUGUUGGACUUUGUUUGCUCCUCUGGAAAUUAUUUUCUCUGCAAGUCAAAGGUCAAUGAACUCGCCCGAGCCCAAAGCCACGGCGUCCAAUCAGAGCGGCUGGAACGUGACAGCUCAUCAAGCCGUUAAGAUUGAGUAUUUUAUGUCAUCAAUGUUCCAGAUGGCCAUUUAAAGAAAGAUUACACGCGUGUUUGAACUCGUUCUGCAUCCAUUUGUUCAGCGUUUAACCUCCGUGUGACAAAACAUCAAAGAAUCAAAAAAGUUGCCUUAAAUCAUAAAAACGAUGAAAAAACAAGGAUUCGUUUUAGUUUGGGGUCAGAUUCUAAAUCACCUAAAUAACAUUUUAAAUUUACCACAUUACCCGAAGCAUUAAGAACACAGUCGACGUGUAUUAACAGAAUAACGAGGGGGGGGGGGUGCCAAGAAGUAAAAAAGUUUAAAAAAUACACCAGUAUUCUCCGUUGACCUUCAUUCCGAGCUGCAGGUCCUGUCCCCCCAGCGGACUUCCUUGGGGUCUUUCCUUCUCCGUGCAGGGACCCCGGCGGCCCCUGACCUUCGGGCGGAGUCGGGGGAGCAACAACGUGAAUGCAGUUUUCACACAACAAAGAAUCAUCAAAUCACCAAAACAAACAAACAAACAAAGGCAGCGCGGCGGACUUGAGGACGGCUUCUGUUCGAGGCCUGAUAGGCCGGCGUGAAGAAGAAGCUCCGCCCCCGACAAAGCCAAAGGACUGAGUGACAUUUGAAACCGUGGUAACACACACCGGGCACCGCCCCCGUUCCUCCCUCCCUCCUCCCGAGGCCACGCCCACUAAACCGUGAUCAGUUCCGCCCACUCCUGCUCCUUUGGUUUCUCCUUCUCAUGGAGGCGUCUAGCCGGUGACCCCGACGUCCUCGUCCUCCUCCAGAUGCAGUAGAUCCGUGGUUGUUGGUGUGUAGACACGGCGGUCGCCCCCCCCCCCGCCGCCCCGCUCUGGUAUGUUAUGUCGGUGGCCAUGUGAUUGGAGUCGUGUCAACGUAGAAACAAGUGGGGAGGUCGUGCUAGUGUAACGGGCCCACUCAUCAAUCUGCUUUGUAAAACGUGAUAUUUUGUACUGAAUAUUUAUAUGAACAUUAAACAUCUUUCAAAAUCAU